UUUUGAAGGUGCUAAUCUGAAGGUUGGCUAGUAGGUGGACGGAGAGGUAAGAGAGAGAAAGAGAGAGAAUCAAAACAACAAUGGCAGCGUCUAGGGAAAUACUCACGCUGCAGCUAGGACACUAUUCCAAUUUUGUUGGCAGUCACUGGUGGAAUAUUCAGGAAGCAGGGUUUUCUUAUUCGGGCAAACCUUCAGACGUCGACCAUGACAUUCUCUUUAGGGAAGGCAUUAAUUUUAAGAAUGAAGUGACUUUCACCCCUCGACUUCUUCUUGUGGAUUUGAAAGGAAGUCUGCAGCAUUUACGAAUCGAGGGAGAGCUCUAUGAUGUUCCCGCUCCUGACGUUAAUGAAGCUCCAUGGCCCGCAGAGAAGGUUCAAGUUGAAGUAGCCCCAGAACAACCGGAAAAAAAUGAGUUUCUCAGGGACAUCGAAGCAGGAAGUUCCAGUUCAGCAGCAGGAGGAGAUACAGGUGGUCCUGUUCCAACUAAAGUGUACAACUUAGAAAACGACAUAAAGACCUGGUCAGACUUUUUAGUGUCAAGGUUCCACCCUCGCACAGUCCUAGUCAGCAAUGAGUAUCAGCACAACUCAUCAGAGCAGCCGUUUGACAUCUACAAUUAUGGAGUCUCUCUAUUUAAAAAUCCUGACUUCGAAGAGGAUCUCACUGAUCGCAUUCGCAACUACAUUGAAGAAUGCAAUAAUGCUCAGGGGUUUCAUUUACUCUUUGAUGGUACCGAUGGCUUUGGUGGGGUUGCCAGCAGCCUGGCGGAGCAUUUGGCCGAUGAAUACCACAACAAAAGCGUUCUGGCUCUGCCUCUUAUCUCUCCUAUUGGAGACAUCACCCCUAUCCAAGAAUGUGUGCGAACAAUGAAUUUUGCUCUGUGUAUGCAGAAGGUUGCAGAAUCAGUGUCACUAUCUGUUCCUCUCGGCUUGGACAGCCUGAACUGGAGAGCUGCUGGCCCACCCAGAGUAUUCCCUCACUUGGAUUACAAUUCUAAUUUACCUUACCAUACCAGCGCCAUUCUGGCUGCAGCCAUCGAUACUUUUUCCUUACGUUAUCGCCUGAGAAGCGGUACUGAGAGAUUGUCAGAUUUAGUUGACCCGAUGCGCCGCCAUGGCCGCAGUGUAGCAUGUUGCUCUGUGGGCCUUCCGUUUGGAAUCAGGGAAGGAGACAACCUUUUGAAUACCCUGGAGAAAUGGGAGGGUCCCUUCUGGACUUCUAUCACACCGCACUGUAAUCCAGACAUGGAAGACAUCAACCAACGAAUCUGGAUGCAAUCUGUAGUUUUGAGAGGAAUUCCGCAGUCACGACUCAGAGGAGUCCUGUCACCUGAAUCCAAUGCAAAUCCAGAAUUGUCUUGCAACAGCGCCACAGAGCUUUUGCAGGCUUACCUCACUUUCACAACAAAUGGCACCUAUUCCCAUGUCACAUCUUGUGAAGCUCCGUGCAAAGUCAAGCCUCCGUUCCCUCGCAUAUUUAAGGAAUCUGUUGCUCUCAAUGGAGAUAUUUUAAGCCAUGGCAGCAGAUCCAACCUGUUAAAUAUGAAUGAAACACCGGUGGUGUCAAGUAUCACUAGUUGUGACUCUGUUAAGGAUAUGCUGCGUUCACUCCACACCGAAACAGCAAGACUCAACAUAAGACGUUUUCCUGCAUAUGCCAAAGCUGGUCUUGAAGUAGAUGAAUUUGAAGAAAAUAUGGAGAGCUUAUAUGCACUUUCAGAAAACUAUGAAGAAAAAUAUGAGUUAUGAAGAUGAUGUUUAAAACCAAUGGUGCUUUGCCACAAAUCUAGAAUGUAUUAUUGUUUUCUAAAGGAUGAUUAUGAAAUAAUUCUACACAGAUUCAUUUAUCUACAUAUUUUUGUGUAGCAAACACCUCACUGAUUUUGCUAAUGAAACCUCAACUCUUGAGAAUGUGCCUUUCAUAAGACUUAAUAUUGUUUUAAUGAGAGCUGUGAUAUUAGAGAAACAUUUUGCAUUGAAUUAAAUAAUAGGGUUAUGUUAAAUGAGA